GGAAAAAUCGAAGCCCUAACGUCGCCGCCGCCCCCGCCCUUGCCCCUCAUGCCCCCGCGCGUGCCGCCCCGCUUGCCGCCAGGCCGUCGCCGCCGCUACGACCACCACUCGGCUCCCACCACCUACCCGCCGCCUCCGCCGUCUCCCAUACCGCCCGGAUACCGCCGCUCCGAUGGACACGGAUUUGAAGGCGAAGUCGACUCCGACCGCUGGACGAGGCCCCGCGACGGAUUUGAAGGCGGGCAGCCACGAGUCGAGGUCGACUCCAACCUCCGGACGCCCGCACACCGCCGCCACCACCCGGCUCCCUCCGCUCCCUUCGCUCCCGUGCAAAGAAACACCUACCCGCCGCCUGUCAUGCCGACCGGACGCCGCCCUGACGGAUCUGAAGGCGGGUCGCGACAACUCGAAGUCGACCCCGACCCCCGGACGAGGCCCCGUGACGGAUCGGAAGGUGGGCCGCCACGACUCGAAGUCGACUCCGACCUCCGGACGACGAACCGUCAUCUGUCCCGUGCGCAAUACAUUGAAGAAUUACUCGAUAAAGCCCAGCUGCCUCAACGGCGCGAGGUCACGGACCAGACAGUGAGUGGUACCGAUGCAAUAUUCCCACCAUCACGCCCCGUCUUUGCACUCAGCCCUACUCGCCUGACUAUCAAAUAUUAUGUCAGAGUUGAUAUGUGUGGUUUUUUCCACACAUAUCCUACUCUGUCCGGGCCAUUUCAGAGCUUACAGGAGGUCCAAGAUGCUAUCAACUCUGAGCAUGCUAAACAGUGUGAAAUGAUGUGCAUGGAUGGGCUUUCCAUGAUUGAAAGGAAAGUACGCCGUGCCCUUUACUGGCCUGAUGGCAUAAGGAGAAAUACUUUGGAAGCGCAAGCUUUUGAGAAGAGCCGUAGGCCUGAAGUAUGGAUGCUUAAAGCAUUACUGGACAAGUACAAUGAUGAUAACAAUCUGUCAGAGGAUAUUGCAUAUGAACUCGUAGACAUUCUAUGUGCUAAAGCAAUUCGUGAGCCAAAAGGUUCCCUAUAUAGGUUUUAUUAUCAUAUCAACUUGAUGAUAAAGACUAAAGGGGAUGAUGAUGAUCUUGGCAAUCUUUUCUUUGCUGAAGUAACACGUAAGGAUCACAAAGAUUACGCCCUCAGCCGUAUCUGCAUGCUUCAGUCUGAUGAUAAUGGUCAAUGCUAUGGUUGUACCUGUACUGGGCGUGUUGAUAUGAAACAUCCCAGUGAUGAAAACUACAGGCAUGGUGAUCCGAACACACCUUUGCCAUGCAUGGGUUUCAUCAAUGCAGAUCUUCUAACCAGUAUGUCAGAGUGGACUGCUAUAUAUAACGAAGAUGAGCUGAAAGCACAAGAGGAUAGGGUGAGGCUUGAAUGCAAGAUGCUUUAUGAUCCGGAUUCAGCAAGAGGCAAGGAAGAUACUGAUGAAGACUUUGAUGGCCAGAGAAGGACGGCGAAAUAUGUUGUACCAUCUAGGCGCUUACUAAUUUCGGGCGGUGGUGUGUGAUGCGCUACCCAUUUGCUUAUAUUAUUUAAGUUAUACAUUGACAAGAAACGAUAUAACUGUAUAAUCUGCUAGUUAUUUGCAGCUUUGGCUGAUUUGAAUAUGUGAGUGUUCUAUACUUUGAUAGAAAAAUCAACCCAAUCAAUCACCGGCUGUGGUGUUAUGGUGUGUGA